AUGGCGAUAUCUAUCGGACUUGAUGUCACUCAUGGUUCUCCUCUUCUAGAUGCCACCGAAUAUCGAAGUGUGGUAGGGGCACUACAUUAUAUUACCCUUACUCGGCCGGAUAUCAGCUUCUCCAUUAACAAAGUUUGCCAAUUUAUGAAGGAGCCCACUAAUGUUCAUUGGACUACAGUCAAGAGGAUCCUCCAUUAUCUCAAGUCCACAAUUGAUCAUGUCAUUACAUUUCGUUCUUCUCAAGAAUUGGCUCUCGAAGCUUUUUAUGAUGCUGACUGGGCUAGUUGCCUUGUUGAUCGUCGCUCCCAAGGGGAUUUCUGUGUUUACUUUGGCCGUAAUAUGAUUUCAUGGAGCUCUCAUAAACAGUCAACAGUUUCUUGCUCUAGCACAAAAUCAAAAUACCGCAGUCUUGCCUCCACUACCGUGAACUACUUUUGCUCCAAAUGUUACUAA